AUGUCAAAGCACCAGGCAACUGGAGUUCAGCUGGGAGUGUCUGAUCUCAGGCGGGAGAAACAGGAGGAGAGUCAACAAAGAAUGGCAACGCAGCCCGUGAACCGAGCGAUAAGCAUCGCGGCGAGCGCUAACGACGGCUUACCCGGAAUUUAUGAUUUGUGCUUCGUGUACGGCUUUGGCAGCCAACCGCGCUUUGGGGAUUUCGACGGAAUACCUCGAACCGCGGCGUUGCUCGCG